GGGAGCGCACGGCGUGCGCGCGCCCUCCGCCUCGUCCGCCGCUGCCGCCUCCUUCUUCUGCCGCUCCUGGUGCUGCCUGUGUGCUCCUUCAGUGCGGACCUGGUGCCUCUUUUGUGAAGCGGCAGCUGAGGAGACUCGGGCGUUCGCCAUGGCCGACGAGAAACCCAAGGAAGGAGUCAAGACCGAGAACAACGACCAUAUUAAUUUGAAGGUGGCGGGGCAGGAUGGCUCUGUGGUGCAGUUUAAAAUUAAGAGGCAUACACCACUUAGUAAACUAAUGAAAGCUUAUUGUGAACGACAGGGUUUGUCAAUGAGGCAGAUCAGAUUCCGGUUUGAUGGGCAGCCAAUCAAUGAAACAGACACACCUGCACAGUUGGAAAUGGAGGAUGAAGAUACGAUUGAUGUGUUCCAGCAGCAGACAGGAGGUGUCUACUAAAAAGGGAACCUGCUACUUUACUCCAGAAUUUUGUUAUAGACCAAGAAUACAUUCGCAAUUAGAAAGCCGCAAUUUGGUUCCACCACAUCCUGACUACUACAGUAUAGUUUUCUCUAUUCUUUCAUUUCCCUGUCCCCAUUUCUUUAUUGUACAUAAAGUAACUGGUGUAUGUGCACAAGCAUAUUGCGCUUUUUUUUUCCUUUUUUAAACUAAAUGGCCAAUGUUCUGUUUUGAUUGACAGCAGAUGGAGGUGGUCCGGGGGAAAGUGGUUCUGUGAAAAUACCCCUGCUCCAUUAGAGGCAUGCUCAUUCAGCAUACCCCCUGCUCCAUUAGAGGCAUGCUCAUUCAGCUCUUAUCUUUAUAUUCCAGUAAGUUAUUUUGCUCUCAGUGUUUUAACAAAAGAACCCAACCACAAAAUCCUUGCAUACCUUGUUCGAUUGGAGAAUUUUAAUGUUUUUCAUUUAUCAUUGUAAAACCAAGGACAAUUUUAUAACUUUUUUGUACGUAGCUGUUACAUGUAGGGCAAUCUGUCUUUAAGUAGGGAUAAAUUACUCUUGAACAAAAUGAUCCUAGAUAGUUUUCCCUUCAAGUCAAGCGUCUUGUUGUUUAAAUAAACUUCUUGUUUAAAAUGA